AUGCCACGUCAAGCGUCAGCCGAUCUUCGUAAGAUGACGUUUUCUGAGUGCAGUCUGACGUCAUCAUCGGAAGCAUCUCCAGGAUCUGAAAUAGUGACGUCACCAGCUGGCCACUGCAGCGAAUGGCUAUUAUUCAUUGUCUACCUCGGUCGAGAUAAACUUCAGUCGCUGCUGGGCCAUGCGGAAGCGGGUAACUCGACGCACGUCACUUCCGCCGGGAUGCUUGAGCGCCUGGGGCUGCGGGACCUGCAUUUUUACGUGUUGUUCGCACUGUUUGUUUCGUUCUCGCUGUACUGGGGCAUCGGGCUGACUUUUGACAUGUACUUCUAUAAGAACGGGAAACACAUGGCAGACACAUGGAAGUGCCAGCCAGAGCGGUGGCUGACUCGCUCCAACGAGUGGCACGAGUUUCUCUUGGGCUCCUUCAACAUGAUGCUUGGCUCAGUGAUCUCUGGGAUCAUCUCGUGUUACAUCAUGAAUGGAGGCCGGUGCACCCUAUACAUGGAUCCUGGUCAGUACGGCUGGGCAUACCUUCUGCUCUCAAUUCCUGUUUUGUUUAUGUAUGGUGAGGCUGUCAGCUACUAUCCACACAGGCUGUUCCACUAUCCCUGGUUGUACAAGAACGUCCACAAGAUCCAUCACCGGUACGGGAGCCCUACCCUUUACAGCGCGGUAGCCAUGCAUCCGCUCGAUUUCCUGAUGUAUCAGACCUUUCUUGGCCUGCCCGCGUUCAUCAUCCCCCUUCACGCAGUGGUGUUUGUUGGCCACUUACUCUACGGCUACUACUACGGCAUGAUGGACCAUUCAGGAAUCAAGAUGGACGCCGUCUGGCCCUGGCAACCGUCUUCCAUGUUUCACGACGACCAUCAUAGACACUUCCACUGCAACUUUGGUUUUAACACACUGCUUUUUGACCGGCUACAUGGAACGCUUCGGCGUCAAAACCGGAAGUACGGAGAGAAGGUGUUCGGCGGGCACGGCCGACAGGAAGUAGGGACUGGAAGUGAGGCGCCGUUUCACGAGUAUUCCACCAGCAACUUGAUUCCGUUCACAUAAUGAAGACCCGCCAACUGUGAUUGAAAGAAUUCUUUAAUUUACAAACGCUAUUGUUAUAUAAUUAACUUGUUUAGGUAUUAUUAUUUUGCUUUAUUCGUUGUUAUCAAUAUUUUGUAUAAAAAAUAAUAUUAUAAGUUGUGAAGAUAGCUCUGGUUCACUAUUUAAGUAUUAAUUGCUAAACAAAAUGUUAUCUCAUUAAGAACCCCAAAAGGCAAAUGUCAACAAUAACUAAGUGCUUUGUCCCAGUUUUGGUUCAAGUUCAUAUGCACCCAUACAGGCAACUGUCAACAAUAACUUCGUGCGUUGUCCCAGUCUUGUUUCAAGUUCGAAUGCACCCAAGCAGGCAAAUGUCAACAAUUAGUUCGUGACUAGUCGAAAUUUUGUUUCAAAGUUCAUAGUUUCUAUCAUUACCAUUACUUUACCAUCAUUGAUUAGUUUUGCGCUUUAUAUAGUAAUAUAGGACUCAAUUUGUUUUACAUGAAUAUCAUUGAUAGGAAGCACAAAUGCAAUUGUUACGAAGCUAGCUUAAGUCUUGGCACUUCUGGUUGUACGGGCUAUGACAAUUUUUGCAAGAAUUUAUUCGAGCCUACCAGAAACUGAAUGUGUCAUAUUUAAGUUGGCAUCACGUGUUUUAAGUUGGCAUCACGUGGUUUAAGUUGGCAUCACGUGGUUUAAGUUGGCAUCACGUGGUUUAAGCUAGCAUCACGUGUUGAAGUUGGCAUCACGUGCUUGAAUAGUAAAAUUAGUUAAUUGUAGUGUUUAAAUAUUUAAUAUGUGUUACUAAGUUCAAAUUGAUUUUCAGUGAUGUGGUUAAUUGCACAGGGGCAGGGUUCAUAUAGAAUAAUAGUAUAAACAAUGUUGUUAGUUAUUUCUAGUAACAAUUCCCACGUCAUUGUUAAUAAGCCUUGGAAUAUUUAUUUAUCUUGUUUGGGCGGAAGGGGCGUAGUCAUGGGGUGUAGCAUUACUACGCACCCUGUCCCUGUUGUUAACCGCAUAUGAAUAAUUUAUUUAUGUCUUUUUUGUUGGAAAAUAUUUGUUUCCAGUGAAUUUAUUUGCACGUAUGUUGUAUUACUAUGUGCAUCUGCUCAACGUUAGAUAAUUUAAGGUAUAGAUAUAUGUAAAAUAGGUUAGUUAGGGCCCAACCAAAAGUGUCCUAUAGUGAUUACCCUGUUCGUCCGUCUGUACUUCCGUCUGUCUGUCCUUUCGAAAAAAAAUAGGUGGUAGAGGAAAUGCUAUCUCAUAGUAAUGUAAUCUCUAUCAGGUAGUAGGGUAAUUCGCUUUUAGGUGUCAGGGCAAUUUGCCAUCGGCAGGUAGGGCAAUUUGCUAUCAGGUGGUAGGGUAAUUUGCUAUCAACUAGUAAGGGAUUCUGGU